AUGUUUUUAAUCCUUGGGCCUAUUAAUGCCACUAAUAAUGGGCUUGCAUUUUAUGAGAUCAAGAAAGGUGAUUUCUCUGUGAAGAUCACUAACUAUGGUGCAAGAAUCGUAUCGGUCGUUCUUCCCGACAAAAACGGAAAAUUAGAUGAUAUUGUUCUUGGUUAUGAUACUAUCAAAGAGUACACGAAUGACACUAGUUAUUUUGGAGCCAUUGUUGGAAGAGUUGCUAAUCGCAUUGCUGGCGCCAAGUUUACUCUAAACGGAACUGUUUACAAACUCGAUGCUAAUGAGGGGAAUAACAUGCUCCAUGGUGGUAAGAAGGGAUUCAGCCAAGUGGCUUGGAAGGUGAAGAAACAUGUCAAACGUGGUCAAUCUCCCUACAUUACCUUAACAUAUCACAGUCAUGAUGGUGAAGAAGGCUUUCCCGGCGAUGUCGUGGCAUCCGUAACUUACGCUCUUCUCGAACCCUACAAACUAAGCGUAAAAAUGAAGGCCCGGGCCCUUAACAAGCCCACACCCGUAAACCUGGCCCAACACACCUACUGGAACCUCGCCGGCCACGACUCGGGCAACAUACUCUCGGACGAGCUCCAAAUAUUCGCUUCGUACUUCACGCCAGUCGGGAAAGGCCUAAUCCCGACCGGCGAAAUCUCCACAGUCGAGUCCACUCCGUACGACUUUCUCAAGGCCCGCGUGAUAAAGGGCCCGAUCAAGAACCUUCCGGAAGGUUCCAAAGGGUUCGACAUCAAUUAUGUGGUUGACGGGCCCAAUGGGCCGAGAAUGAAGCCCGUGGCUGUUGUCUAUAGUAAAAAUUCGGGGAGGGUUAUGAAGCUUUCGGCCAAUGCACCGGGCGUGCAGCUCUACACGGUUUUAUCCAUCUUUCGUGCAAAACGGGCUUUUUUUACCACUUUUCGAAAUGUCGAAUAUAUGCAGAUUAGCAAAUACGAAAGACAGCUGGCGUAUUCGUGGCCUUCCCUAAGAACUGAUCUGACAAACACGAACUUUUGGCAAUACCAAUGGGACAAACAUGGCUCGUGCGCGCUUUCGAGAAUGAACGUGCACAAUUAUCUGCGGCUGAUUAUUACCACACAACAAAAGCUCGAUUUAUUACGGGCCUUGACUAGCAACAACAUCAAGCCCAAUAACGGGUUGCUGUUGUACACCGUUAAAUCCAUCGAGGCUGCUGUAAAAUGGGGGAUUGGGGCUCGCCAUUUUUACGUGUCGUGUCGAGUUUUGAAGGGCCGCGUUUUUGUUAGAGAGAUUUAUAUAUGUUUGGAUGGGAAUGGGAAAAAGAUUGUGUCUUGUCCAAUUAGAUAUCAUUCAACAGGAUGUGGUAAGGAUAAGAAUCUGGUUUUCCCAGCUUCUGAUGCAUCAAGAAUGUGA